GACUAUAAACAAGUUGAAUACGUAUGAAUAUUAUAAAAGUAUAUGUAUUAAAUAUACUAAUUAUUCUUUUUAUAUGUUUUUAUAUUUUUUUACAGGACGGUAAUUCAUCAAUCGACUCAGUCAAGAAAGAACACGAUUUGUUGAAUGAAAGUUUAAAAAAUAUACAAGCCAAUGCUAUUUCAUCAGAAAAAGAUUUUUAUAAAUCAUCUUUUGAUAUAUUCUUGGAAAUUCACAACUAUUUAUAUUUUCAUCCUCAUAAAGCUUUCGACAACAUUGAAAACUCAGAUCUUGUAGAUAUUGUAGCAAAAUAUAUUGAUUUAACACACGAUUAUGCAAAUGCACAGGAGAUACAAUCUAUUUGGGAUUUAUGUGGCAAACUUUAUUUUUCAGUUGAUUCAACUGACUUGACAACAGAUUUAAGUGAAUGGGUCAAUCUAUAUUAUCCACUACCCAAUCUUGAAGAACGUAGAAAUCAAGAAGAGGACGAAGAUUUGGAAGAACAUAAUGCGAUUGGUCCUACUUGGGUAUGGGAACAUGCACGUCGACAUUUACUACGUGGUAAUUUCGAAGACAGUAUUAUGACUUUAGACUUUCUGAAGCGAUUUGUAACUGGACAUGAAAAAGAAGCAGCUAAUGAAUUAAUUGAGCUAAUUCAGGAAUUAUUAGAGAUGAGAACAUGUAUAGAUGAACAAAAAUUAUAUACAGAAAAAUGGACAGCUUGGAGUGAAAAAUGCAAAGAUAAAUUUGUUCAAUAUAAGUUUACUGUUUCUUCCUUAGAGGAUGCACAAGAUGAAAAAGAUGAUGAAAUUGUAUUAUUAUAUGCUAUCUUGGCUGGUGAUGAAUGCCUACUUUCAAUUUGUGGGACUUUUUUCGAACAACUCGUCGGCACCCUUUUAUUUGUUCGUCCGUUUAGAAAUGUAUUAGACUUGAACCAACUAGCUCAAGAAUUAGAAGAUGAUAUAGACGCAGAUAGUUUGUUAAGCACUUGUACAGCACUUGUAAGGGGUUGUUUUGAUGAUGCAUUUGAAUAUCAACAAAAUAAUUUUUGGCUUCAGACACAUCUUGGUCAUGCACUUAUUGCCUUUAAUGUUUAUAAAAAGAAUAUGAAAGGUUUAACGGUUUCAAAGAAUGGAGAAAUUGUACUCGACCCUGUUUAUUAUGGUAUUCAACACUAUGCUUCAAUCAUUGCAGAGAAAUAUGACAUGUGGAAUGAAGCAGUAACUUAUCUCACUUGUUGCUUAGAAAAUAAAGAAAUCUGGAUUAAACAACUUCUUGGUAAUCCACCUUUGCCAUCAAAAGAUAUAAAUCAAUUACUGUCCAUUUUGAAUAUUGCGAAUGAAUAUAAAAUGCCUGGUGUUCGAAGGUUCAUUCAAAGAGCUUUAGGAGAAAGAUAUGAACAAGAACAAAAUAUUCGACAAGCAGCAAUUGAAUAUGGAAAAGCAGAAGAUAUACAAUCGUUGGAUAGACUUGCAACUACACUAUUUAAUAGUUAUUUAAAUAAUGGAAAGUUAACUAAUAUUGUGACAGAUAUGGAAGAACUGAAACAGUGUCCACGUUAUGCUGCUUUAAUUCGUUAUCAUCAAUUCCGUAGUUAUCUUCAACAAGAAGAAUGGGAAGAAGCUUCACACAUUUUAAAAGAAUUAUUAAAAAACAAAUAUUUACCAACAGAAUUUGGAUCCGUCUUAAUGAUCGAUAAUCUUGACAUUUUACAAGAUUCUAAACAUUAUUAUGAUACGUCUCUAUUAUUAAACAUGAUUGAAUUAUUCAAGCAAAUAAUUCAAGAUCCCUCAAAUCAAGCGUUUAUUGCUAAUUAUUAUAAAUCUAUUAAAAACGCUGACUUAUCCCCUACUAUCAUUGCUGCUAAAAUAAGAGAAAGACUAGCGUAUAAAGCAGCUACUACUAUCUAAAAAAUAAGAUAAAAUAAAAUAAAACAAUUUAUUAUUUAUAAAAUUACAC